AUGAUUACUAGCGCAAAAGUAAUAAUCGGUUGCCGAGACCUGAAGAAGGGAUCGGAUGUGUGCGAAACGAUCGUCAAAGAGGUUCCCACGGCUAUAGUUGAGUGUCGUCUCUGCGAUUUGGCCUCAUUUUCAUCCGUCCGACACUUUGCGACCGAAUUGGAGUCCGAAUCACAGAUCCAUGUAUUGGUCAACAAUGGAGGCGUCCUUUCCAUCCCUUUCUCUAAGACUAUCGACGGAUUUGAGACCACUUUUCAGACCAAUUAUUUGUCCCACUUUUUGCUCACUCACUGUCUUAUGGAUAAACUAAAGGCAUCGCAAACGGCCCGAGUUGUCAACAUUGUCUCCGCUUCCUAUUCACGCGCGGCUCCGGAAGGCAUCGAUUUUGAUGAUAUUAAUUAUGAGAAGAGUAACUAUUCAUCACAUUUGGCGUAUUGUAAAAGCAAAUUGUCUUUGAUUUGGUUUACGAGACAAUUGGCCCAAAGACUGAACGCAAGCGAUGUUCGCGUUUACGCCGCAUAUCCGGGACUAUCAAAGACAUCGCUCACCAGACAAUUCAACCCUUUCUUCGCAUUCAUUUGGAAAGUUAUGGGAUUUUUCAUAUUGAAAAGCCCUUCAUUAGGCGCUCAAACCGUAUUGUUUUGUGUGACCGACAAAGAGACCGGAAGAGAGAGCGGACACUACUAUUAG